AUGGAAAUGCACAAAGGCAAGAGUGUAACUUGUUCAGUUCCAAAUUGUAAAAAUUGUGAGGGUGGCAAAUGUAAAAAGUGUCAAGAGAAUUAUGUGAUUCAAACAAAUGGAUUUUGUGUUGAGAAAAGUGAAGUGAGUUGUGUCAAUAGUGAUGGUCUGCGUUGUUUAAAGUGCACUGAAAAUUUCUGUCCAACCGACUCAAUUAACAAAGAAGGGAAGUAUGACUACUGUUUGCCACUUUCUUUAUCUCAAAUAGCCGACUGUAAAUACUCACUGAUUUCACAAUCAAUGUGCAUUAAAUGUUUGGACACAUUCAAAAUGAAAAACGGAAACUGUUCAGAAAUUUUUGAUGAUAUUGAUGACGAUGAAAACAAUGUUACUAACACCAAACAAAACUUGAAAGGUGCAGAAAUAUCAUGUUUCACUCGAAAUAACAAAGGGUGUGAGAGAUGUAUUUCUGGUUAUUAUAACAUUAACAGCGAAUGUGAGUUGUGUUCGAAUCACCGUGAUAAUUGUUACAACAUAACAUAUUGCUUGACAUGUGAUCCACAGUAUUACCUGACAUCCACAUUUAUAUAUAAACCACUUGGCGAUUUGUUUACAAAAUGUGAAUUGACUCUACCAACGGGUGUUGGAUGUGCAAUUUGCAAAGACAAAUAUUACAAAAGAGAAACUGAUUGCAUUUCUUGUGAUGAGUUGUGUGGUACUUGUGUUGAUGGUAAGUUGUGUUUAACUUGUAAAAUUGAAUAUUUUAAACUAUCUGGAAUGGAAAAUAAAUACUGUUUAUCAUACGACAAUUUGACUAACUGUGUAACAAAAACGUCAAUUGAAAAUGUUCUGAAAACUGCAUCUCGUGUGACAAUGCACAAAGUUGCAACAUGUGUGUUGAAAGGGAUUUUGUCUUGGUUAAUUCACAAUGUGUGGAUUACAAAGAAGUUGAAUACUGUAAAUCUGCUAACGACUCGAAAUGUAUUGAAUGUGAAAAGAAUUAAAAACCAAGUGACGCUGGUGAUUACUGUGUCAAAGUGA